GGACUGGGAGGACAGGAGGAGGAGGACUGGGAGGACUGGAGGAGUUUCUGCAGCUCCACUCCGCCUGCUUAUUUGACAGCGCGACGUUUUCGUGGACUUUUGGACAAAACAGCUUGUUGACCUGCAGUUGAUCGCUGCUGUGGAUCAGUAUGUGGAGAUGGAUGUGCUGCGGCUGAUCGGAGCGGUGCUGGCGGUGUGCUGCCCCCCCGGCGGCGCGCUCAGAGGCCCGGGCAGUCAGCGUAUAUGCCGUCGGGGUACUGAGAGGCCGUGCUAUAAGAUUGCUUACCACCAGGACAGCGGGUACAGCUUUGAGGAGGCCAAGCAGACGUGCAGGGAAGACGAUGGUGAGCUGCUCAGUAUUGAAACAGAAAGCGAGCAGAGGCUGAUGGAGAUGUUUGUUCGAGGCGCACAGGUCCCUGAAGGUGACUUCUGGAUUGGACUGCGAAGGAAUCAAGGCUACAAAGAGUCAGGAGCUACAGAGUGCUCCUCACAGUAUUACUGGCUGGAUCAUAGCCAGGGCACCUACAGGAACUGGCUUUUGAACGAGCCCUCGUGUGGUUUUGACCAGUGUGUGGCCCUGAACUACAGACCCAAUGCUCCUGCUUCUCUGAAAGGCCACUAUAUGUUCAAGUGGAGUGAUUUCAGAUGCAACAAGAAAAAUAACUUCAUAUGCAAAUAUGCAGAAGAAGUAUCUCUGGUUCCUACUCCUGCUGGAAAUUCCACUGCUCACUCAGCAGUAACUCUCAAACAACUUCCUGUCACACUGAAUGAUGAAAAGAUAAACACAGGAUUUUCUGAAUCAUCAGUGUCUCUUUCAGAUGAAGCCAUCAAUGUUUCCUACAUCCUCCUGGCUACUGUACCUGUACUGCUUCUGAUUAUACUGGUGGUCUCUGGGGUCUUCUGUUACAGAGUCAUGGCUAGGAAGAGAAAGGAACAAAAUAACAUCUACGCUGUCCCUGGUCAAUGGGUGUCUACUAGUGCCCUGAAAACCAGCAGUAGCCCAGCCCCCAAGGAUGGUCCCAGCUGGAAUGGGGCCCAGUUAGAAUACAUGAGCUCAGAAAUCCACAGAACAUUCAGUUCAACGGACUAUGAGAACGUUCCCAGCAAUUCUGCUGGCUUUGUCACCAAUGAUAUCUACGAGACCUGCCGCACUCCAGCCACCGUGGAGGCAGGAUGGGUGGAUAAUGAUAUUUAUGGAUACUGAACUUGUCCAGUAAUGGGACCAAAAUUGAAUGACUUCCAACCCACCUGGCUCGAAUUCAUCUCAACUUCUUCAGUGUCUGUGCUUGGACUUUAAUGCAAUCUAUAAUAACCCAGUGUGAAGGACAUGGGGUCCUGUGAAUGGUCAUCCCCAAGGUGGACGGACAGUAAGCCCACUUCUCUGAAAUGGGCAGUACAAAGAAACACAAAGGUGUCAUCACCUCAUCGGCACUUCCUCUGUGCACGCCAGUGUCCGGGAAGAAGACAGUGCAUAUGGAAACUCACAUAAUAAUGCCCUGACCUUUCUUCCCAUCUGAACAACGUCCUGUCCUGUCUCUCCUAUUGAGGUCUCCACUUUGUUUUUCAGACUCUGUUGAUUCUCUAGUGACACACCAGUUCAAAGGCAAAGAAGAAGAAGAAAAAACCCCCGACAGUUUUGCUUAGCUUGGAUAUUUUAAGGUGCUUAAAAAAUCCUGCGUGCUAAAACAUAAAACUGUCAAUGUUGCAUUCUUUUCCUGUUGUGGUUAAAAUUAUACUGAAUGAAAUGUAGUCAAAAAUAUUUGUGCAUAGGUGGGAAUAUACAGUAUCCUGUUAGUUAUGAUUAAUACCUGUGAAACUUAGAUCGAUCUUUUCCUUCCAAAAUUCCUCAUACUUGUUUGUCACAUGGUAUUAUUUUACAAGAAGUCAGUUAUCUUUUUUUCCUGUACAAUGUUUAGAGUACGUUUUUAGCAAGAUGGCAUGUUCAACGCGUUCCAUUUCUAACAUUUUGCACCUCGCUAGGGGUAUUUACAGCUAAACUUAUGGCACUUUUAAUUAUAAUUAAAAUUUUACACAUCCAGUACAUAGUUCUUUUCAUUAUUAUGUCUGAGGCUGGCUGUAUUUACAUGAAUCAGGCCAAUAUUAUAUAUAGCAAAAAACAUGCUAUAGUAAACAUCUGCUGAAUGCCAUUAUAACAUUUUAUUUCAUUUUACAUUAGAACUAAUAAACAGGUUACUGAUGCAUUGUGGCUAUUAGUUUUGGGUAUUUCUGCCUUGUCGAAUGUACUAGUAUUGUAUAUUACAAAACCGAUAUUAACUAUUUUGUAA